UCGUCUAAAGCUCGUUCGCAACUUGUUGGCACUUUCUAAAUUUAGUUAUUUUAAUAAUUUUGAAUGAGAAGGUUUUAAAAUGGUUAACACUGGAGACGUUUAUAUUGUAUCCGCUGCUCGUACAGCGAUUGGAAGCUUCAAUGGAUCACUUUCUAAAGUGAAAGCAUCGGAACUAGGUAGUGUUGUUAUUAAAGAAGUGCUAAAGAGAGCUAAUGUUAACAGUAAUGAUGUGGACGAAGUCGUCAUUGGUCAAAGUCUUACCGCUGGGCAGGGUCAAAAUCCUUCACGACAGGCUACCCUACAAGCAGGACUUCCUAUAAAUGUCCCUGUUUAUAAUAUUAAUAUGCUUUGUGGUUCAGGAUUAAAAACUGUCGCCUUAGGUUUCCAAUCCAUACGAUGUGGCGAUUCCAAGAUUUCUAUUUGUGGAGGCCAAGAGAGUAUGUCUUUGGCACCACACGUUAUCCAUUUACGAAAUGGUAUCAAAAUGGGUCCUGGAACAAUGUUGGAUACAAUGACUCACGAUGGCCUCACCGAUGCUAUGCACAACAUUCAUAUGGGUGUCACUGCCGAAAACCUGGUAAAGCAAUACAAUAUUACUCGUGACGAACAAGAUGAGUUUGCGGUUCACUCACAAAAUCUGGCUGAGAACGCGCAAAAAAAUGGCUUCUUCGAAAAGGAAAUUGUCCCAGUCGAAUUAAAAACGCGUGCGGGUACUCAAAUUUUUGAAAAGGAUGAGUACAUUAAAGCGGGCACUACAAUUGAAGCUCUCAAAAAACUGAAACCCUGUUUUAUUGAGACUGGAACUGUAACAGCUGGAAACGCUUCAGGUAUUAAUGACGCUGCUGCAGCGGUGUUGUUAAUGUCAGGGGAAGAGGUGACAAAGAGAUCCAUUAAACCAAUGGCAAAAAUUGUGGCUUGGGCACAGACUGGUGUAGAUCCUAAAAUCAUGGGAAUUGGUCCCGUGACUGCUGUUGAAGCGGUUUUACAAAAGGCUGGUUGGACAAAGGAUGAAGUGGAUCUGUUUGAAUUAAAUGAAGCAUUCGCAGGUCAAUCUAUUGCAGUAUUAAAAGAGCUUAAAGUCAACGCCGAUAAGGUGAAUGUUAAUGGCGGUGCCAUUGCAUUAGGUCACCCUAUCGGUGCAUCGGGAUGCAGAAUUCUAGUUACAUUGUUAUAUGCACUUGAAAGGUUGAAUGUCAAAAAAGGCGUCGCAUCAUUAUGUAUUGGAGGCGGGAUGGGUAUCGCCAUGGCUAUUGAACGUGUUUAAAAACGAGAAUAAUUAUUAUUUAUACUGAUUUGAUAAUGAGACAUUCUUAUGUAAAUGUAAAUUAUUUGUUAUAACCAAAGUCAAUUGUUAUGUAGAACUAGAAAUGCAAAUACUUAUAUGUAUGUAUAUAUGGAGCUUGCAUAACUAUUUUAGAAGUAAUUCAAUAAGCAUACACAUAUUGGUCAGGGGAGAGUAAUUUACGUAAUGUUACCUAUCAAUAUUGUUUACUUUGAAAUAAAAACAACAAGAAAGUU